AUGGAUUCCGACGAUGAAAAUUUUCAGCGUUUGGUUGAUAAGAAGAUCGAAGAACUCGUUGCAGCGGUGCAAGAUGAAGCCGACGAGGAGGAGGCGGCUUUGGCGGCGGCGGCGGCCAUCCCUCGGCCGAGAUACCGUCACCGGUUUAUCAACCGUGACCAUGUCGGAGCCGACCAGCGGUGCUUCACCUUGCAGAGUGAUGCCACCGGUCGACCCGGAUUGUCGACAUAUCAGAAGUGCACGACCGCAAUUAGGCAGCUUGCCUAUGCCGGGCCUGCUGACAUGUUCGACGAAUAUCUACAGAUGGGCGAAACGACUGCCCUCAAGACGCUGAGGCAGUUUUGCAAGGGUAUCAAAGAACUCUUCAAAGGGGAGUACCUACGGAAACCGACGGCCGAGGAAUGCCAGCGACUAAUAAAUAUGCACGGGACAAUGCAUCAUUUUCCGGGCAUGAGGGGCAGCAUCGAUUGCAUGCACUGGGAGUGGAGGAACUGCCCGGUGGCUUGGAAGGGGCAGUUCACUUCUGGUUUCAAAGGGCGACAUCCCAUGAUGAUUCUUGAAGCCGUUGCUGACUACCGCUUGCGAAUCUGCUUCGUGGCCAAUGGCACGCAGUACAACAGGGCAUACUAUUUGGCCGAUGGAAUAUACCCUCGCUGGCCCGUGUUUGUCAAGACGAUCCGACAACCAGUUGGGCCGAAGCAGACCUAUUUUGCAAAAAAACAAGAGGGUGCUAGGAAGGAUGUUGAGCGGGCUUUCGGAGUCCUCCAAUCGCGAUGGGCCAUUUUACGGUGUCCGGUUCGACAAUGGCACGAAAAUGAUGUCGCAGACAUCAUGACUGCAUGUAUCAUACUGCACAAUAUGAUAAUAGAAGACGAAGGCUUUACUGCAGAGCGUUGGGCACCGGAAGAUGGUGCUAGCACAAGUCACGGUAUUGCAACCCCUCCUCUCCGCAGAUGGGUGUACCACGCAGUAAUGAAUACUUGA